ACUUGCACGAUCUCUAAACCUUCAAACCUAUCACCUAUAAUAUUCUUAUGGUCUACAACUGAACUAUAUAAACCUAAAAUAUAGAAACUCUUCUUGUUUUCUUGCGUGAACAAUCCAAGUUCAUUUGGUCAACAAUGGUGAAAUUUCCAAACCGUCUUUGAAGUAUAGCUAUCUGCCAAACUUUCUAAAAAAUAUAUAUCUACUUCAUAUUUUUCUUCCACCCACCAACUAAAGUCUAAGCCAUGGAAAACUAAAAAUAUUUAAAUACCAAAACUCUAAAAGUCCUUUAUUCCUUAUAUAACACAUCAGAAGUUAGUAACCAAGUUUGUUCACUUUUCCUUUCCCAUCCACCGAAGGAAAGAAAAAAAGCUUCACAAUGAGCUCCAACGACAGGGAUUCUCACUGGUUCAACUCCGACCAUCACUCGUUCUGGCCCAAUGCUUCUAAAUACGAUCUUAACAGCAAGAUCAUGCUUGCGGCCAUAGCUUCUUUAUCCGGAGUUAUUCUUAUUGUCUUUGCUCUUCAUCUUUACGCAAGAUUCGUUCUCCGCCGCCGUAGAGAAGCUUUCCGUGGCCUCCCCGUCAUAUUCCGCCACUCUUUUGAGAUUCCCAAGCGUGGCCUCAAUCCCACUGUCAUAGCUUCUCUUCCUACUUUCACCGUCGGAACCAUCGAUGGCGUGGCUGCGUCCGCUACUGAAUGCGCAGUGUGUUUAAGCGUCUUAGAGGAGCACGAUACGGCGAGAGAGUUGCCCAACUGCAAGCACAUCUUCCACGUCGACUGUGUUGACACGUGGCUCUCCACUUGCUCCACUUGCCCUGUUUGCCGGACAGAAGUUGAGCCAAGGCCGAGACUUGAGCCUGAGCCAAGGGAAGGACCAAUCAGUACUGCACCGCCAUUGUUGGAGGAAGCCAGGCUAAAUUUGACGGUGGAAGCGGCACCCUCUUCUUCCUCAGAAAACAAGACAGUUGUCCCCUCGGUUUCACGAUUAGAUUCGUUUAAGAAGAUCUUGACAAGGGAAAGAUCUUCGAACAGGAUCAAUCAUUCUUGUAUUGACCAAGAUCGUGUAGCGGAUCUUGAGAGACAUUGAGUCCACAUAGAGAUACAUAUAAUGCAUAUAAAUCAUACAUACAUCAGAAAUCUUUAAUUGAUAA